AGAUAAUUUCAAUAAAAAAAGAUUUCAAUCGGGAGAAGUCACUUCUAAUUCUGAAUGGUAAGACAACUUUUCUAAACGGAAAAAGAAUAAGUCGCAUCACCAAAUUUGAUGCAACUAUUUCUUGCACGUGAGAAAACAUACCAGCACAACUACUCGUUCAUAUCAACGCCAUAUACUGCUUUCCAAGCUUUGCUGGUGUCUUUUGUCGUGCAUGCUCUCUCACCUCCUCUUCUUUUCACCACCACCCUCCAUCCCCUUCCUCAGCGACCGACCCAACUCUUGUGAAUUCUCCUCUUUCUUUUCUGCGUUGUCGGUUUGCUUCACCCGAUCGCCUUCUGCUGCCCGGCGAAGAUGAGAGGCCAUGGAGAAGACAACCCACGUUGCUACUGCCACCCCAAGGAAGUGGUGGUAGGAAUCUGUGCUCUUUGCUUGAAGGAGAGGCUCCUGGUUUUGGCCUCCGAACAAAACGGACUUCCACAACCCGGUGGCACAAAGAGGCCCUCGAGAACGCUGAAGAGAACACAAAGCGUCAACCUGCGCAAUGUGUUUGCGCUGGGCUCUCUCCUGCAGCUACUCGAUAAUCGAUACCACAGGAGCAAAGAUACCUCCAGUGGUGAAGACUCCAUCGCCAGCCUUGAAGAUUCCUUCAUCUCAUUCAAGUUCGAGGAGGACAGCGGUCAGACAUCUUGGCCUAACAAGAGGGCUAUCGACUCUACCAUACCUUCUACAAGCAUCACCUGUGGCAGUGGCAUUUCCAUGGGAAAGGACAGAACGGGAGUGAGCAGCAUAGCGGAGCACAAGAAGCGCGGCGGAGCGAAGCUGAGGUGGCGCAAGAGGAUCGGUCAUCUCCUCCACCUGGCACGAUGGAAGAGGUCCAACAAGGCAAGCACGAGCCAUGUGGGAUUUGGAUGUAAGGUGGAUGAUGGGUUCUAGGUGAUCAACAACAAGCUUCACAAGGAGGAAAACUACCACAGACUCGAGUGAGAAGGAAUGUGUGUGUGUGUGUGUUUGUGUAGAGAGAGAGAGAGAGAGAGAGAGAGCGAGAGAGAGAGAGAGAGGAGGUAAGUACUUGUUUUCCAUCCAAGUUGAGUAUUUUGCUCCUAAUCAUA